UUUUCUUUAAUAUAGCAGCAGUAGCUGCAACAGCAACAGCCGACUCCAUUCCUGACAACUUAGAGAUGGGAGGUGGUAGCAAGUUCGGAUUGUUGUUAGCGGUGGUGUUCGGAGUUGUUGCAGUCUUGAAGAUCAAAGGAUCAUCAUCAUCAUUCGACAAAGAAGUGGUGGUGGAAUUCUUCAGGCACAUGUCUCAUCGCUUGGGAAAUUGGGCGAUCCCAGUCUACGUUGCAAUUCACACCAUCUCCCUCUCUUUAUGUCUUCCCUACGCUGUCUUCUUCGAGGCCGGUGCUUCUCUCCUCUUUGGAUUCUUUCCGGCCUUGCUCUGUGUUUUCUCCGCCAAGGUUCUAGGCGCUUCUCUCUCCUUUUGGAUCGGAAGGCUUCUUUUCAGGAGUUCUGGCUCAGCGAUGGGCUGGGCACGUAGUAACAAGUAUUUCAAUGUGCUUUUGAGGGGAGUCGAACGUGAUGGUUGGAAGUUUGUUCUUCUUGCCCGCUUCUCUCCUAUCCCCUCAUACGUCAUCAAUUACGGUUUGGCUGCCACAAAGGUCGCAUUUCUGAGGGAUUUUCUGGCGCCAACAGUCGUGGGUUGUGUGCCUAUGAUCUUGCAGAACACAUCCAUCGGCAGCCUUGCUGGUGCUGCCGUUGGUGGGUCUCAGCCAGACAAGUCAAAGGUUUGGUCAUAUGUAUUCCCGAUGAUGGGUAUUUCAUCGAGCAUUCUCAUCUCAUUAAGAAUCAAAAAAUACUCUUCCAUUCUCUCGCUCGACGAUAAGCCUGAGGAGAAGACCAGAUGACACAGUUAUAAGGGUAGUGAGUGAUUUCUACUUUCUUACUUUCACUCACUCCAUUAGACAUCAAUCACAUAUGCUUUUUGUUAUAUAAAAACAAUUGCAAUUAUGGUAUUUGUAACAUCUAGACAUGCCUCCCGGCCCCCACCCCCAACCCUCUAUUUUAUUAUGGGUAAUAUUUGCAUGCAUAUGAUAAGAUAGAGACUUGUUUUAGUUUUUUUUUCUUCUAUUUUCUAGGGUAGCAGACUACUAAAGCCUGAUGGUAGAUAGACAGUUCGUAUUAGUUUUUUCUAUUUUUCAUGUCUUAUUCGU